GUUCGCGUUUGGCUGACGGUUCGUCCGUUCGAUUGGACGGGACCUGCGAUUCUCGUUCGACCGGCGCUAACGGUUACCAUUCGCGAUCGUCGUCGGGUGUCGAGGUGUCGGUGUCGUUUCGCAAGAACAAACGCUCCGGUGGCCGGACGGGUGAACGUUUUCGGCGAUCGUCGAUCCAUCGGGCCCCCCCAGGGAUCGCUGAACGACGACAAGUAAAUUUCCACCGUUUCGCGAAACCGCUCAACCGCGAUAGUUUUUUUUCCUCCCCCCCCCCUCUCUCCGGAAAAGAUAUUCCGUGUCUUCGGUGUAGGUAAGCCGCGCGCACGCACGCGACCCUCUUCGACGGGAUUUCUCGACCAGCGAUCGAAGACACGAAGGAUCUUUUCGUUGUCUCGCAUCUGGGCCAGAGAGAGAGAGAGAGAGAGAGAGAGAGAGAGAGAGAGAGAGAGAGAGAUCGCUUACGCGCUCGCCUUCGACGCGUAACCAGCUUCGAUCGGUUGAUCAUUUCGCGGCGAAUUCGAAUCAAUCCUCGGAGCGACGAACGAAACCAAGAAAAGUGGGAAACCUCGGAGAAGGUGGAGAGGAGAACGCGCGACGCUCGACGGUUCUUCCAAUGAAUUUCUUCCAAGCCACGGAACACGGAGGAGACUCUUGACGUUCGAAAAUAUUUGAGAGAGAGAAAGAGAGAGAGAGGACGGGGUCGAGAAAAAGGAGGACGAAGUAGUUUGUUAGUUGCCAGUCGGAGUUUACCGCGUGCAAAUUAGUCGCGAUUAAUAUUGUUAUCGUUGAUUGUUAUCCUCGUUUUGUACGUUUCUUGUUGUCGAUCCUCGCCACCUGACGAUGGCCGCAGUUUAGUCGGUUCGCGGUGCCAGGCGCGUAGACGAGGAUACACGAAAAAGGUGGAUCGUUCCGGGACGAUUCGUCGCGUUAUUUUUCUAUCGAUCUCUACCGACCCGUCGUCGGCGUAGAGAAACCGUUCUCGCGCUACGUGUACGAAAUUUCGCCACCGAGGCCUUGGGUAUUCGGGGGCUGUCAUCUCGAGGGAAGACGAAACGCGCACAAGCCGAACGACCCCCUGUCGGCCAAUUCGAAUAAUUCGAGUGCGCGUCGAGUUCGCCUCGAAGGCCGAAUAUCGCUCGUACCGAGCGUUGCCUCACUGGCUACCCAGACAGCCGCAGAUUCCGUCGACUGUCAGGGAUUAAUUUUCUCUCUCUCUUUCUUAACCCGGAGGAACGUGGCGACGACUUGGAGAAAGGAAGAGGAGACCCGGAAACGAAAAGGAGGGAAACGCAGCGGAAAGGAGAGAAAACGAUCGAAAGCGGUUUCUUCUUUUCUUUUAGAAGAGGUCGUAUAGAGUGCGGCGGGUGGGGGGCAGCCAAGAAACGAAGGUGAAUUACCUGUUUGUGCGCGCAAGAGCGUCGAACUUGUUAACGGGGUUCGUCGCCGGUUGCUCACCAGGGAUAAUAACGAAUACAACGAAAUAUCACGAGGACGAUCGACGACCAACGAGAGAAGAAGGGUCGCGAUCACGGUCGUGAGAAAACACACACACAGGGGGGCGAAACGAAUCAUGCGAUACGACUCGUUGUGGAACGGGUUCAGGGCUCGAAGCAACGAAAUAACGGAGGAGAACGAGAACUCUCGAUCGGAGUAAUCGAGAUUCGAACACUGGUCCUCUGGAAGCAUAUAUACAUAUAUAUUACGUUUGGGUACCAAGGAGGGUCCCCGAUAGAUCGGAAUCAACGACUCGCGGUUACGAUUCGGUGAAACACGGUUAAAACCCGGUAGAAGGAGGGAUCCGUCUGCGAUCGGUUGGAAUCGAUCGAAGCCGUGCACGGCAAACUUUUCCUCCUUUAGUUCGGUUUGCCGGCGAACGAUCGAAUAUGGAAAUCGCAGCCUCUGCAAUGUUGGAUGGCCUGAAAAAUAAUCGAAUCAGCAAGUUGGCACUGUCGCGGUUCUUGUCGCAGAGUCUAGAGAAGAGAUCUACGCAUCUUGGAAGAGAGUGAGGCGUGCGGGGGCACGCGACUCGCGCGUCUUCGAAAUCGUACGAACGGACUAAUUGCACGCGUUUCCGGGAAAUGUGAACGCGGUUACGCGCGAUAGUCGUGACUGUAAACAGUUUUGGAACGAUAGAAACCAUGUGGGCUGCCGUCUCGAGGUCUUUGGAAAUACUGGUUGCCUUCUUCGAGUAUUACACCGCCAGAACGACCGGUAGUCCGGCGAACAAGGCGGCGGGUACGACCGGUGGAACCGGCGUCGGAGGAAGCGGCGUGGUCGGGUCGAGCGCAGGAAGCGCAGGAGCGAGCGGAUCGACGUCGAGCGCAGCACUAGGUGGCAGUGGUUCCGGGUCGGGGUCGGGGUCUGGGUCGGGGUCUGGCUCCGGAUCCGGCAUCGGGAAUGCAAACGCUGGAACCAGCGGCAUCGGGUCAGGCGCGAACGCCAUUUCCGGCAGCGGCGUCGCCGGCGUCGCCGCUGGGACGGGGGAGCCCCGCACGCCGACCGCUGGCGCGCAAAACAAACAGCUGCAGAAUGUCAAAGGGGAUCACCCGUCGAAAGCUUUCCUACAAAGCAGAUCCAUGUCCUUGGUCGACAUGUACAUCGACAACUCGGAACCUAGCGAAAACGUUGGCCAAAUUCAUUUCAGCCUGGAGUACGACUUUCAGAAUACCACGCUCAUCCUUCGUAUUAUACAGGGUAAAGAUUUGCCGGCGAAGGAUCUGUCCGGGACGUCCGACCCUUACGUUCGCGUGACCCUUCUGCCGGACAAAAAGCACCGGCUCGAGACGAAGAUAAAAAGGCGCACGCUGAACCCACGGUGGAACGAGACGUUCUACUUCGAAGGUUUCCCGAUUCAAAAGUUGCAGAGCAGAGUGCUGCAUUUACACGUGUUCGACUACGAUCGAUUCUCGAGGGACGAUUCCAUCGGGGAGAUGUUUCUGCCUCUCUGCCAGGUCGACUUCUCGGAGAAACCUAACUUUUGGAAAGCUCUUAAGCCUCCGGCAAAGGACAAAUGCGGAGAGCUAUUAUGCUCGUUGUGCUAUCAUCCGAGCAAUUCCGUGCUGACUCUGACGCUCAUGAAAGCAAGGAACCUGAAGGCGAAGGAUAUCAACGGGAAGUCAGAUCCUUACGUGAAAGUGUGGCUGCAAUUCGGCGACAAGAGAAUCGAGAAACGAAAGACCCCGAUAUUCAAGUGCACUCUGAACCCGGUUUUCAACGAAGCGUUCUCCUUCAACGUGCCCUGGGAAAAGAUUCGUGAGUGUUCGUUGGACGUGAUGGUAAUGGACUUUGAUAACAUCGGCCGGAACGAGCUGAUCGGACGGAUCCAACUGGCAGGGAAAAAUGGCAGCGGGGCGAGCGAAACGAAACAUUGGCAGGACAUGAUCACGAAGCCACGGCAGACGAUCGUACAGUGGCAUCGGCUCAAGCCGGAGUAAAACGUUCGAGUGCGCGGCAUAAUUCUGUAUUUCGCGGGAGCGAAAUCGUCGAUCUUAACCUAGACCAGUACCUCCCGAUCUCUCGAACCUACUCGACUUUGGUAUUCGUUGUCCUCCGACGGCGCGAAAACCGAUCGAAAACCGUUCUCAAACGUCGUCGUCGCGAGUCGACUUCGCUAAAUUUUGGCUUCGUAGCCAACUCGGUGAAAAGAAGCCGCGAUCGUCGACCAAACGCGUAUCUGUUUCUCCCCUGUUCUUUUUACGUUUCUUUUCUUUUUCUUUUAGAUUAACCGUUUCGCGGAAAACGGAAAGAUCGAGCGUGCGCCAUCGAACGUGGCGCCCUCUGCUUUCCGACGAUACGACGCCACGGACACCGCGUGGUCUCCGGGUCGACGAUGCCCCGGCGAAGGCGAUGAUACAAUUUCCAUACUUGAUUCGCGUAUUUACGAAAUAUCCCCCGCUACUUCGUUACCACGUCCACGGCCGUGGCGCUUUACAUAUUUCGCCACGGCCAUCGAUACUUCCCGUUUCGUUUUUUUCUCCCCUUAUUUCCCUUCGUGCACGACAACGACUCACGGCGAACGUAUAUAUUCGAAAUCACCUCUGACACGAACGACAACAAGAGAGCUCGUUUUCCACGCGAGAUUGCGUGCCGCGGGCGUAUACAUACAUUCGAGCGGCCAAGACGCUCGAAAACGUGACCGAUCGAUGUUACUUUCGCGACUAUUAUUGACAUUUACAUCGAACGUUAUUUUUAUGACUGUUUUGCACGCGUAAGUACGUACCGAGUACGUAAUACCGUUGCUUCGAAUAUAACCCGUUGACGCGAUCAAGCGUUUCCUAUGUCUCGUGUAUCCGGUGUCUUUCGAUUCCAGCGCCAUCCAACCAUCCGUCAAAACCCCGACCCCACCCCCCCCCCCCUGAAAUCGAACGGAAACGUCGCGAAACACCGAUUGUUCGAGCCACCAGUUCGACCGAACGUUUCUUUUUUUCUCAUCGGCGCUGCGGACUAAGCAGGUCGUCGGCGGUCGAUGCGGUCGAAAACGUUAGAGAAAGAGCUGUAAAACGAAAAAAAAAAACCGGGACUCGACAAUUCGGUACCAUUUUCCGUUCUUGUAUCGCCACCGAAUCCUCGAUAUCGAUCGACGUACACCGUUUCACUUACUCUUCGCCCCUCUGUCUCCCACCGCCCCCUCACCGCCACCCACACCCUCUCGUCUGUCACAUAUGCCCAAAGAUUGGACACGUGUGCUCGCACCGUUUGUCCUUGUUCCCCCCUCCCCUCCCCUCUCCACCCACCACCCCUUACCCUCAACCCCAAAACUCCCGUCCAUCCACCCAGUUCGCCCCCAACUCUUCUUCUGUUUUUACCCUCGCUUUUUUUCUUGUUUCGUCCGUUCCCUCGAUCCUCUUCGCGUCGCGUCGCCCGUUUUAAUUUUCGACGAGCGAUCGGAACGGGACACCGGGACGUAAUGUUGAAUUCUUACUAGUAGAAAACGAUAAAGCAGUGAUAUUUUUGACGGAACUUUUGUAUCGACAAAGUCGGAGAUUUUUUGGAAGCGACGAAAAUUGUGAUCGGUGUUAUACCUUGAAUUAAUCUUAAGAGUUACACAUCCAAAUAGUUUGCUGUUGUUGACGAUAAAAGAAAAAAAAAAAUACGUAGAGAACGAUCAUCAUCCCCCUGUAUGAUCGACAGAUUCAGAUUUUUUGCAGCAAUUGCAGAUUUUCGCGAAAUAUAUAUAUACAUAUACAUAUAUGUAUUUGCGCUCGGUGAGUGUGAAUGUGCGUGUGCGUUUGCGUGUGCAAUGUCGAACGAGAGAAAGAGAGAGAGAGAGAGAGAGAGAGAGUGAAAUACUACGGCGCCGCGUGAAAGGGUUACUUGUAACAAGAACGAGACAGUGCUAGAUCACGAGCGUCGAACACAACCAAACCAAAAAAAAAAAAAAAACCCCCCCGUAGCUUUAGGUUUACGCGCGUAGAUGAUGCGUAUCGCGCCUCAAGAGUGUACCGCGACGUCGCGAACAAAAAAACUGAAAUGAAAAAAAAAGAGUAAGAGACAAAGAUGGUAGCGCGACCACCGCAGUCGACGAAUAUUUUUACAUUCAACGAUUAUUGCGAGCUAACGAAUUGCAAACGAUUUCCGCGCGAGCGUGGUCGCGUGCGCGCGUAACUCGUUUUAACAAUGUCACGUCGUUAAAUCACACGAACACAACGACAACGUACACAAACCAUACACACACGAACACGUACACAUUCAGAGACAGGGCGUACGCAGCGCGACGCACAAAAAAUUCGGACAGGUCUGCACGUACACGCAUCGCAUAUGUGUACACGCAAGUAUCGACUAGCACAAACAAGAAAAAAAAAAUGGUAAAAAAAUACAGUUAGACUAACGUUUGUAUGUUGUGUAGAGACAGUGUAUUAUACCGUUGCACACGAAAUGCAGAAAAAAAAAAAAAAUAAUUUCAACUGGUGAAUUUCGAUUUUUGGCGCGAACUCGUCGAAACGGGACGCGUUGAAGCGUUUACGAGCGAGAGGGGGGAGGGGGGAGGGGGAGGAGGGGGGAAGGGGAACGUUCACGAGCAAUUAUACGCGACUUGGAAAGUCCCCUAUUGAUCAAGUGCCAAAAACAACUACGCGCGGACCUCUGCUUUUCUUCGAUCGUCGCGCGCUCGUACGAAUUGUCGCGUUCGUGACAACAACAACAAAAAAAAAGAGCUUAAAAAGAGUACCGUGCAUUAUCGAGUAACGUCCGAGCACGUACGAUAAUGGUCGACAGACGUUGAACGUUGCUCCGUGUACACGUAGACUUUAGUCGUGUCAGUUGUUCUGUGCUAGAGCCAACUAUUUCACGUGUGCACGGAUUACACGUGUAUUGUUCGGCCGAGCGAAAUUGAGGUUGCAGACGCGCAUGCGUGAACCGGCGCGGAGUCCUGUGGAUCCCCCGCCACUUUCCAUUCCGUGCUUGAACGUAUGAACUUACAUCGCUGUACUCCUCUACCCCCACUGCUACUCUACACCUACGUCACAUGGUACGAGUUUGCAUCUUACGUUUGAUUUAAGACAGUUAUUUGUCCCCUCUACCUUCCGUUUGUUCGCGGUUCUGAAUCGUGAAGUCGCUGCCUCGUUAUGUACACCUGCCCCGCUACUUAGUCUUAUGGUAGCACCCCGCUCAUCGCUUUUCUAAGUGAUAUCAACCCUUUCGCUGCCUAUCGCCUCUGUCGCCACCUGUGGUACCGUUUCAAAAGUUCAUACGAUCUAUUAUUACACCGGAUGUUGUUUACGUUUUAAUCGCAUAUACCGGUUAUUGAAUAGUUAAUCUUUCGCUCGACACAAACACCGGUACAUCAGUAACAAAUAUUUUGUUUCGCUCGACGGGCUUUAUCUCGCGAUGUAUUUGCAAUUUUUAUUCGGUUGAUGCUUAACGAAGUGAUUUCGCAAUAUUCUUACAUUAUUGGUAUAAAGUUUUCGUAGUAUUUAUAACUGCUAAGAUCACUCGGCUGUAUAAUUAUAUCUCCGUGCUCUUUGAUAUUUACAUAGUUUAUUGUACGUUUAUAUUUUAUUGUUUUGGUUGAAGUUUCCCUAUCCACCAAGCGCAGCAAUCCCGAGACCUCACUCUCGCUGGGCCAAACUAUACACGUGAAAUUUCGAUUAUGCGUAUUUCAACGAACGACAGUUAUUUCAGACGAUAUUAAUAGAUGGAUAAAAUAUUGCUCCUUGUUUCACAUGAUAUGAAUAGAUGAGGAAACGAUAACAUAUCUUAUUUCACGUAUAUUUAAUGCAAAGUUAAACAAAUUUCUGCUUAAAUUCUUACCAAUAAAUAACGAACCUAAAUAACAUAUCAAUGCAGUAUAAAAACUUUGUUUAAUUUGACUUUUAUUUAUUAUUACUUUAAUCGUCACUUUUCACGAACAAUCGAUCAUAACUAUUGAGUUAUUGAUCUUCCUCAUGAUUUCGACUAUUCCUUGUCAGAUUCUCAUGAAAAAAUUACGAAGCAGUUAUGCAAUUAUCCAUUGCUAUUACUAAACAAAUAUAUUACCCACUAUUUGCAAUUGAUAACAGUAUUCACUCAUAAGAAUUAUUUCUUAGACAAUGAAUAGACAAUUUGCCCGUAUUCUCUGGUUAAAUGAUAAAAAUAAUUUAUUCCUAUUUUUGGUCUAAAAAAUAUAGUAAAUAUUUUUCCAGUCAAUUGCGUUAAAAAAUGUUAUAAUUAAAUAGUUAUUACAAUAAAUAGCAGGUAACGGAAUAUUUGUCUUGGUAAUGCCAUUGGUGGUUGCACAAUAACUUCAUAAUUUCCUGAUGAGGGCUCGAAGAAGAAAAUGGAAGCAUCAAGAUUGAAAUUUCGUUUGUAAUUGUUUUAAAUCGAUUAUUACAGAACAACGAAUCAGUUAUUUAAUCGUAUCAGUCAAUUAACGCCGUUUAUAUAUUGUGAAAUAAGGAGCAGACCUCUCUUCGUGAAAUAUAUCGAUCCAUAUUUGAUUGCAAGAAGAGAGGGUCGAUACUGUUUUCCAAUACACGUACUGUCCAUCCACGAAAAAAGAGGCUACCAAGCGUUUAGACCCGUAAAUGAAACCUAAUGUCGUAAAACUUGAACAGAAUAUCAACGAAGAAUACAUUUCUCGAUUACAAGACUUCUAUUUAGACAUCGAUGCUAGUUUCUUUUAUUCUUAAGAAGAACAUAGAACAUACUAUUAUAUUAUUCCUAUUCUUAAAGAGUUUUAGUGAGAACCUCUGUUUGAAGCAUAUUUCAAAAGCUUGGCAGCCAUCUUGUUGUGGACGAACAGUGCAAGAUCGUAGUCGCUAAUUUAUUCGACGUAUCAUUUCCUUCGGGUUAAUUUUACGUAAUUGAUACGUUUAAGAAUAACGAAACGCAAACCAUCAUAGGCUCUAGUCUGUGCAUACCGGGUGGAUGACGAUCACCGGUACAGACUCGUCGACAGAUCAACGACAACGGUCGCGAACGUUUAUCGGCUCCAACGCGUUCCGUCGCGACGCUGUGAGCGCGCGUUAAUUCUAAAACAAAAAAAAAAAAACUUUUAGAGCCAAACGAAUCGUCGAGAUUAGGUAGGGUAUACAGCUAACAGUACGCGUUAGUUCGAACUGGAUGCGAAUUGGGCCUUAUACCAUGGAUUACCUCAAUCGUAAGCGGCUUACGAGUCAAGUUCGAGUUUGCGAUAAACGAUAGCGAGCGCUAAUAGGAUUUUAAUACGCGCGAGAAGAAGAAUACAAAAAAAAAAAUAAAAUAAAAAAAAAAAAAAUAAUAAAAAAAAAUAAUAAUAACGCGUCGUCGUUGCUCGACGUUUACGAGCUUAGCGAUCGAAUCCCUUUACCGAAUCCGAGUUACCGGUUCAGCUGGUCGCGGUAGAAUCGCGUAUUACAGUACCAGUGAAACGAUUAAUAACUACUUCAUGUUGUAGAGUUUUAACCAGAUCGGUGUUCUUUGGUCCUCGCGAUGAUACUCGAUGCUCUGUGAAAGGCACUUCGAUAGUUCAGGGUUGAACAUUCUUAAUUUGACUAUUUUGCGUGGCAAUUUUGUUUGGAACUGUACUUGGAAAGAAUUAUAUUGUUUUAUAUUAUCGUAGUUAUCGUCGUGAAGUUAUUUAAUUUGUUUCAUGCUUUGGAACAUUUCUAUGAAAUAUCGAAAUAAUUGAAGAAUUUUUUUAAUAUUUAGAACAUCGUAGAAAUUAUAAACGACGUGUUCUACUUAUUUUUAUAAAUUCACACACUUUGGAUAGUCUUCGUGGCUUUUCGUUUUCGAGAAAGGAAAAUUAUUCUCUAUAAAACUAUACUUAUAAAAAUUAUAGUUUACCCUUAUAUUAAUAAUUGGUGAAAUAUCCCAAUUUUACGUCUAUUUGCGAUCUUAGAGUAAAAAUUUAUAACUUUUAAUUUAAAUGUAUUUAUACGCUUGUUCGAAUGUCCACGUUACAAAAUUAUUAUCAUGAAUAUCGAUCGACUAAAAAAAUCUAUUGUUUGAAUUUUAACGCGCCUAUUUCUAUCCAGAAUUUCUUUAAUUUUCGAGAAUAUUCUUGUCAUUUUAAAAAGAUACGAUCCUAAUAGAAGUUAGUAUCAUUUUUCUAUUUUUUUAAUCUCGUGCACGUGGCAUCGUCCAGUGAGACCAAAGAACAGCGAACGUUUUCGAAACUCUACGAUAAAUCUAAUCUCAUGUGCGCAAAUCUUCUCCGAGGAACGGUCGAUAUCUUCGGUCUCUCGCCCUCUUUCUUCUAUAUCGUGGUUUCAUUUAGUCGGCGAACAACAACAACAACACCAACAACAACAACAAAAAAACAACCACAGAACAAAAGUAAACGAGAAAAAACAAAAACAAUGAAAAAAAAGUAAAACGCGUACCGAUUCGGCGGAGCUGUAUCCGAACGUGAACGAGGGGAAUGCGAGCAGGAAGGGGGGGGGGAGAGAGUGAAAAAGGGUGGGAGAACACGCUCGGAGUGUGUCGUUGGAACGCGCGCGCGACUAUAGAUCCUGAGAGCCGCUGAGAGACAAAGCCGUGAAACUCGUGAAUAAAAACAGUAAAAAUAACCCAAAAAAAGAAAAAAAAAAUGAUGAAAAAAAAAGUAUAUAUAAAAGAGAUAACCAUGAAAAGCGAUGGAAGGAACCGAGGCGGCUUGGAACGCAUAUCAAACGGUGGAGACGAAGGCGGCAGAAAAUAUGUAUAGGGAAAUACGUAGUUAGAGAAUGUAGCGGAUACAAAGUGAUGCAUUCUUCGCUCACUGGACACGCGCGGGGGGCGCUCGAAGGAUCGACUAUCGAGUGUCACGGAAACGGAGACGAAAGUGAAUUUUUUUUUUAUUUCUCUAAGGGAUGAAAGGGGUAGAAAAUUAUCAGCGAUCGAUCGUUCGAGGCUGGUCCCUCACGCGUGUCCGGUCCUCGCAGCGCGCAACACUGUAUAUUUUUUAGCUUCGUAUUGCAUACACGUACGUUACAAAAUCGAUCGUAUCGAGAGAACAGAUCAAACAACUAAACUAACCUAUGUACUCGUGGAUGUUAACAAAAAGACGAAAAAACAGCGGACAAAAAAUAAGCAAAAGAGCCGCGCAGCGCGCGGAGAAGAAACCGUAGCGCGCGGGCGUUUUAGAGAUGCGUGGCGUUUUCUGGCGGCGAUGUCCGCGGCCAGUUCUUGCGCACCAGCUCUGUCGGUCUGGCUACGGGUUUAAAAACGUCGUAUCGUUUCCGUGUCGUAGUGUCCCCUACUGUUAUCCCCCUCCCCCAGGUGCCCACAAGCCCGCCCACCACCCCCGUCGAAGCGCAUCAAUUAAACUCUUUGCCGCUUAGCCGUAAUCUCGAUAUCGCUGUGUGUUUUCCUUCGUGAUAUCGUUUUGCGUUCAAGUGCAGA